CACUACACCACCAAUCUAUCACAGACUUUAAGGGAUGGAAAAGAUUAACGACCGCCAUAUGGAGUAACGGUGUCUGUGCGUCUGGGAUCCGUGCACGUACUUUAAGGAGGUCAGAGGGAGAGUGCGGACGGUGGGAUUGCGUAGGUGGUUCUCAGGUUGAGUGGGGGAUGAGCACCACGAUGGUUUGCGAUAGACGUCACCGUCUUUCUCUUCGUUCUCGCUCGCUUCCCCUUUCCUGGAGGUGGUGGAUAUAAAAAGGGAUGGUUCGCCCGGUCAGUUGGGAGGAGUAUCCAACCAAAAUACCAAUCGACCGAGUCUUCGAGCUACGAGGCUUCCGACCUUUCGUUCAACCUUACCUUUUCGUAUUGUUCAUCCGCUCGCUGUAUCGACCGUCGUUACAGUACACCCAACAACCCUCUCGUUAACUUUCUUUCCCAAAUCAACGACACGAGGAUGCGCACAUCCCUCCUCGCAUCAAUCCUCCUCGCAGCCCCCUGGGUCGCCUCGGCACUCCCCACCACCUCUACCUCCCCCGACACCCUCACCUCAUUGGAGUCAGCCCUCCUCAACGCCACCGAAUCCACCGGCGAAACCUAUGGCCUCGUCUGCAUGCUCGCCCCACUCCACCCGGACAUCAAAGAUGUUACGGCGACGACGGUGGUAGGUGGGGUUAGGUAUAUGACCGUGACCGAGUUCAUGGCUACGGAGACUGUGUAUAUGGGUGUUGACGCUACUUGGUCGACCUUCGUUCCUGCUCCCACCGCUCCUACGGCUGUGGUUACCGAGACGGUGGGUACGGGUGAGGUGGAGACUGAGACGAAGACUGUUACUUCUACGCUUGUUCAUACUGUCGACGCACUUACUACCGUGUGCCCUUCGCGUGGAACAUACACUUUGACACUCACCCCUCCUGCCCACGCUUCGGAUGUUACGUCGAUAACGCCGGUGACGAGUACCACAUUCGUCCGUUCCCCCCAAACCGUGACAAUCACAGACGGCGGACCCUGGGUCAUCACCGAAACGAAGACGAUCACGGUGGAGGAGGCGCACAAGACCGCCAUUAUCGUCAUCGGCGGUUCGGAAACGCGCACAAAGACGAUUCAUGUUCCUACGGUUACGCCGGGUGGGUACCAAGUCAUCACUGACACGAUCUACGAGACUGUCACACUCCCCGGUGGGGAUGGGGAGGUGUCGACGCAGACUGUGACGAGCACGUAUUCCGUUCCUACUGUUGUGCAUACUGAGACGAUGACGGUUACUGAGGGUGAGGGGUCUGAGACGAGUGUUGUCACGAAGACCAUCACCGAGACCCUUCCUGUCGAGACUGAGUACACUACUGCGUAUACGACUACUGUUGCUGGUGGGGCGGAGACUGUCGUUACGGAGACUGUGACUGAAACGAUUGAGUACCCUACGAGCAUUGCUACCCUCGUCAAGGAGGUCGUUACGUCUGUCUACACGAUCACCAGCGAGGGUACCCCGGUCGUUACUACCGAGACGAUCACCCAGACCGUCGUCCCGCCGGUCGAGACUGUGGUGACGACUGAGUACACCACCACCAUCUUCGGUACCCCCGUCCCCGUUACCGAGACCAUCACCUCCACCAUCACUCCCACCCCCCCGGCUGUCACCGAUGUCGUCACAUCCGUCUAUACCACCACCCUCGGUGGGGCGGAGACGGUCGUCACUGAGACGGUUACGCAGACCCUCCCGGCGGAGGUUUUGACGGAGACGGUGGUGAGUACGGUUAGUUUGCCGAGUGGGGGGGUUAGUACUUUGACGGAUGUCAUUACGGUUACGACGCCUGUUGGUGGGGGGACGGUUACUACUACCACUACUACUUCGCCUGCUGGAGGUGAGACGAUUACUACCCCCACUGGUGGUGACUCGACCACUCCCUCUGGCUCUACUGGUACGUCUACUACCUGCACUGACACCACUCCCACCGGUGGAAACACCACCCCCGCCACGCCCACCACGACGGCCUUGACGCCUCCUGGUGUCAUCCCGGUCAUUCCUUCCGUUCCGUUUGCGAACACCUCUGUCACUAUCACUAUUCCUGUCUCGACCGGUGCUUCUCCCACGAGUACUUGUACCGACUUGACUGGUGUGGUUGGUAGCAUCACCGCUACGCCGUCCGGAUCUACUCCUUCUACUACCGGUACUCCUUCCGGUACGACGACUACUGAUCUUCCUGUUUCCACCUCUUGCGUCGCCAGCUUCAAGAACUUGGGCAAUACCGGAGGCUCCUGCUACGGCAAGUGGACCUCCUGGAACAACUGGAUUUCGGGCUGGAAAGACGAGAUGGACAACGUCAACACUUGUAUUCCUGGGUCCGAGACCCCCGCUACUCCUUCCGAGUGCGCGAACCUCGAUGACGUCGUCGGGCAACUCACUGAUGCCUUGUCUGGUGACCUUGACAGUUGCUUCGAUGAUUUAAAGAAGGAGCUUCAGAAGCGACCGGAGCUGACCGAAGAUCAUUGCGAGGCCUUGGUUGGGGAGUUGAAGGCCAGUUUCGCGGGUGACUAUGUUACGUGUGCGCACAACGCGGUUAAGAGCCCCCGUGCGACGUGCAAGGACAAGACUGGCAACGUUGUCACUUCUGCCAAGAAGGUCAAGAGAACUUCCUUCGGUGUUGACGCCGAUCUCUCGACUUACUUCUCGAACCUUGGGGCAGGCCUUACCUGUACCGAUUCCACUGCUGAGGACGUCUCAUCUUGUAACGCCGGUUCUUGGUGGGCCGACGCCGCCGGUCUCUCCGCUGUCUUCACCGGUAACAAGUGGAACUACGGAGGUGCUUGGUCUAACGACUGGUGGAACUGGAACACCGACGAGUGUCAGAUCCCCGACUCUACUCCAGACUUCUGCUCGGACUCUACCAAUGUGAUGACCUACUACCCUUGGCUCGUCUACCAGGUUCGUGAGGAGAUCAUUGGCAAGUUGACUGACAAGAUGAGCAACGGCGGUACUUGGUCCGCGACUUUGACUGCCAGUUGCCAGGCUAAGGGAUUGGGUGACCUUAACUUUGACGCGGAGUUGGAUAAUGUUCGUGACGGUUGUCAGGGCAAGGCUUGGGGUGCGGAUGGAAGCUUGAGUGCGAGCACCCAGCUCUGUUCGAUUGCCAGUAAAGUCAACCAGCUUACGUACGGUGUUUGUACGGCGUUGAAGAGUGAUUGGACCAGCAACCACUCUGGACGUUCCAACUAGCAGACGUCUUGAAUGAUGGUCCGUACGAUUGAGGUGACUUGAGAAAUAUUUUUGCGAGAAGAUUCAGUGUAUAUGCUCAUGCUUUGGAUGGAUGGAUCAUGGGAUCAUGGUGAUCGCUAUGCAUGCCAGGAGGAUUGAGAAAGACGAAUUUGGAUUUACUUUGGGACAUUUACUUUACAACUUACAACUUACUGCCUGUAAUUUACCU